UGUGUACGAGGAGAGAGGAUUUCGAGUGGCGUUAGGAGCAAGAGCAAUUGUCGUCGCUGUUGAUCCUCCGAGAUUAUUUCCCAUGGUCGGGGAUGUCAAGAUCGUGCGUGUCUCAACGCGCGAAACGAUCGAGUUACAUAUUCUGGCCUUUGCCUACGGUCUAUGCCUGAUAGUCCGACGAUUCCUCAAAUGGAUAUGGGAUCCCAAGAAGUUCUUCAUGUUGCGUCAGCGAGAUCAGCCUCCGCCGUGUCUGGUCGACAACAGCCUCGCCACGCAUUCCUACGUGAAAAUCAAGGGUGUUAAAUUCCAUUAUGUGGAAGCGGGAGACAAGAGUAAACCACUCGUGUUAUUAUUACAUGGAUUCCCGGACUGCUGGUUAUCUUGGAGAAAACAGAUCCCAUGUCUCGCAGAACACUAUAGAGUAGUGGCUAUAGAUUUAAAAGGAUUCGGUGAUAGCGACAAACCGCUCAACAAACGAUCUUACAAACUCGAAAUUUUAAUAAACGAGUUGAAACAAUUCAUUUUGACUCUCGGUGUAAAGACGUGUAGCAUAAUCGGCCACGACCUAGGAGGACUUCUGGGAUGGUACAUGGUCGCUCUACACAGCGAUCUCGUUUAUAAAUUUAUAGCCAUUUCGAGUCCGCAUCCCAAUUUUUAUUGGAAUAGAAUAUCAAGAAAUUCUAUUUUAGACAAAAAAUGGCUACAUUUCAGCAGAUUACCAUUUUUGCCAGAAAUAGAUGCGCUUAAAGAGGAUUUAUCAAUUAUCAAUGAAGUAUUUCGACAUCUUCAAGUAUCUCAAGAUGACAAAGAAAAAAGUUACGUCGAGGCGUAUAAAUAUGCUUUCAGUAGGAAAGAGGAUUGGACAGGACCGAUUAAUUAUUAUCGCAAUCUACCAUUCACAAGACUGAAUACAGAUAACGGCGAACAGAUAGAUAACAAAACGCUACUUCUAGUAGGAAAUAUGGAUCCUUUUGUAACAAUAGAGAGCAUUAUUCAAAGUGCCGAAUACGUAGAAGUAUCUAGGGUUAAAGUCAUACCACAGACGCAACAUUUUCCGCAUCAAGAAAAAUCGGAUGCCGUAAAUAAGGCAAUUAUUAAAUUUCUAAAAGGCGCUACAUAUAAUUUGGCGCUUUCAAAAACGCCAGUAAAGAGUCUCAUGUCUUCCUGGUUAGGAUCUUUGAGUAACACCGUUAAAUAUGGUAAUCAAAUGAUUGACGUUGUGCACAAACGAACUAAUGACAUUGUAAAUGUGUUACCGAAUAAAGCACUUUAUUUGGGACAAACAAGUUAAAUGGUGUUACAUCAGCGUUACGUUAUUUAGAAGUACUUUGUACUUCAUUACGAACACAAAUCUAUAUAUCCUACCUACGCUAACGCUGACUACGAAACUCAUAAAAGGCUGAUUUUGUCUUAUUUAUUACUUAUUUCUUAUGUAAGUAUAGCAUUAUAAAUGGGAAUUGCAAUUUUUGUGAAUGAUGAAAUCUUAUUGUAUAAAAAUAUCUAUCACAUUCACUUUUACGAUUAUAUCUCGAAUUUUUUAAAAUAUUUUAUACAUGUUCUCGCGGUAAGGUCUACAUGACUAAUAUCUAAAAAAAUGAA